GGAAACCGUGGCCAUGGCGGCCCCGGGGCGGGUGAGCAGUCGCACCGGUCCUCGCGAGGAACCGGCUGGCUCUACAGAGUCGUCGGAUGCUACCCGGACGCCAGUGCCCACCGUGUCCCCCGUAUCCCCCGAGCUACCCGUCUCGCCCGGACAGGGUGCGGAGCCGCUGGGCAAGAACCUGUGGGAGCAGAUCUGCGAGGAGUAUGAAGCUGAGCUGCCUCCCUUUCCAGAGGGAUGUAAAGUCAAACCAGAAGGUAUGAUUACUGUUUCACCAUUGGAGGAAACGAUUUUCCAUGGCUUCAAUACAGAGCACCUUUAUUCAACUCCUCGUUUGACCACGGACUCACAUGUACCCUGUCCUCAAGUUAAGUUGGAAAAAAUCCAUCCAAAAACAUGUUCCCCCAAGGAAUAUUUGGAAACAUUCAUCUUUCCAGUUCUGCUUCCUGGAAUGGCUAGCCUGCUUCACCAAGCAAAGAAAGAAAAAUGUUUUGAGAGGAAAAGAACAAAAUUCAUUGCCUGUGAUUUUCUGACUGAGUGGUUAUACAAUCAAAAUCCAAAGAGGAUAGGGGAGUCUUUCACGGAAUUCUUCUCCAUUCCAUUUGUGGAGCAGUGGCUGAAGCAUCACCCACGGCCGGCAAUGCCACUCUCCCUCCUGCUGACAGAAGGAGAGGCAGCGCUGAUCAUUCAGUCCUUCUGGAGAGCCUAUCUGGUUCGGUGUGAUCCUGAGAUUCAAGAAUUGCGUCAGUGGCAGAAGAAACUGCGUGAAGACAACCACAUUCACCAGCGAGUCAAGAUUUUCUGGGCCAAACAAGAACAGAAAGUGAAAUGCAAAAUGGAGAAAGAGGAGGAGGCCUGAGCUAAGACUCCACCACCUUAUUUAGCCACUGGUGGGAUCUUUUCCCUUCGGAGCUUCAGUGACCCUCUGUGAGGAAAAUGUAUGAAUUAUGCUUCCUCUCUGUUAACUUUCUUAAUGACUACAUUUGGUACAUGUGAAUACAGAAUCUUUUCUGCAGAAGAUAGCAUUUGUGGCACACAUGUUUUAGUGCGUAUCGUUUAUCCUAAGACAGUACUGAUCUUAACUUUCUGCAGUAUCUCCAAAUUUUAUUCUUGUAUCCAUAUUAUUUCUUCAGUGUUUCAGGUGUAUGCUUCUGCACCAGCCACCACUAAAAUGUACAACAAACUCUGGCUUCCAAGAGAUGUUGACGUGCUUUAGUUACCAGUUUCCCACUCUGGGCUGCCUUUGCAAAAAUCACUAUUUAAAUUUAAGUCCCAAACCUCUGCAGUGGGUUUUAAGUUGAUCUGGUUUUAAGUUACUCAUUUCAUAAAAAAGACAUACUGCCUGCGAUCAUUUCCAAAGGAGACUGACUCUUAACUCUGACUGUAGAUCCAACAAGGUGAGACACUUAAACCCAAACAACAGUAACAAAGGAGGUUUGUUGUCAAGUCCCGAGAAUAUUAUAGAAAAGUUCCUCAUUUGAUGGGUAAGCUAACUUAUUACCCUCAUUUGUUCUGGGGUUUGCUGUUAUCCAGGAUUCCCCCAUUCACAAUGCCACAGAGUUAGCCUCCAGGCAGAUCCGAAAGAAAGCCUAGUAGUUCUACCGAGUGUUUUGACAAGCUACCACACAUCUUUAAGUAAAUAGUAAUGCCUUUAUUUUUGUGUUAAGAACAGCAUUUUGAAAAUAAAACCUAUCUGCCCAUGC